AUGUCCCCUCUCGGGAUAUGCGGCCAGCCGGCCUGCUGGAGUAUCAUCUUCAAGGCAGCUGCCCCUCUGCUUUUUAUAUUAUGUCUCCUCCUACCAGGCGGGGCAACGGCACUGACUCUCCCUCAGGGUUCUGUUCGCCUACAGCAGGAGACAGAAGGAAACGACCCUCACUAUGGUGCUGCAGCAGCAGACAGCACCCUGCCGUAUCUGAAUGUUCCGCUUAUGCAACAGAACCCGCAGCAGCAAUGGCAAGGUCAGCAGGAUCUGCAGCAACUAGAGCAAGGGCAACAGGCGCAGCAGCAGCAAGAGCAAAAGCAGCACGAGCUGAAGCAACAAGAGCAGGCGCAGCAUCUGCUGCAACAGCAGGAGCGGCAAGAUAUGCAGCAGCGGGAAUUACAGCAGCAGGAACUGCAAAAGCAAGGGCAGCAGGAGGCCCCACGUUAUGGUCUCAGCACCGACACGGAAGGAGGCAGUGUUUCCAUAAGCACCCCGUCUGACGACAGCUUCGGCAGGGACUACUCCAUCUCCUCGGAGGGCAGCACAGAAGCUACUGUCUCAGACAGUAGCAGCAGGAUCAGGAGUGUAGGGCUACAAGUCCCUGCAAAACCCCAAGAGGAGACACCUCCUCAAUUUCAGGCGGUUCUCGUCACUCUCUACUCGCAGCUUAAUGAGCAUCUCAAGACGCCCUACAACCCCAAGACACUCCCUAUACAUACCGCUCAGAAGUUGCUGAAGCAGCUCCAGCAGUUGGCAACAGCAGCGAGAAAUGAUGCAAAAGAAACUACUGCGCGACAUAUAUCUGAGGUGUCGCAAGCUGCAGAUCCCAGAGACGCCAUCGCAGAGCUGCAGGAAGCAGGGCUGAUGCGUGUUUCCCCCCCUGAAGUGCAGGAGACAAUCGCCAUGCUGGAGGAUAGUUUGCAGAGUCCUCGCAAGUUCUGGUGGCAUCAGCCCAGACAGCGUGACCGUUUCUUGAGCCGCCUCUACAAGCGAACGAAGAGUCUCCUCUCCCUCGGGAGAAGCACAAAGCAAGCUGCAGAUGCCGCUAAAACCAUCUGGGGAGUAUCACAAACAGCACACAUCGAGGCACGCGAAUGGGACGCAUUCCAAACUUUACUACACCUGGACGUGCUGGGGCGGACAGCACUAGAGGCUGCUCUGUUGGGUCUCUACGGCCUUUGCAGGCCUUUCUUCUUGUUAAGGAACAAUGAAUCUUUCAGCUGUUCGUCUCCAGGUCACAACAAAGCCAUCUUGAGCCAACUCCCUUUUAUCACCCUCCCAGAGGUUGCCAAACUGCCUCUGCAGACCCCUCCACCAGUGGAACUGCGCUGCAGUGAACGCGAGCGUGCGUUGGCACUGGAGUCUCUUGCAAGUCCCCUGGAGAAGAGUCUGCAAGACGUAGGGAGACAGGCUCUAGCCUUCCUCCCCAGAGGAGCCAUCCACCAGACACCUGUGCUGGACAAAGUGUCUCCUCCUUGGGCAUUAUUGAGGGGAGGGCUCUAUUACUCUAAUGCCGGAGGAGACAUCUUGGGACGUCUCGCCGUAUUCCAGCAGGUCGUUAACGCUCUCCCCUUCAACUACUCUCAAGUGCAGCAGCUAACCGCCACGCUUGCGCAGAUCCUCGGCACCCAAAACGGCACGCAAGCCGCCUGGCUGCUUAGCAUACAUCACAGUGCUAACAAACCAGGCUUUGCUCCCCCUCUAGGAGAUCUUGUUGCAAGAACAGCAACUGCGCUGCAAGCAAUAACGGGUCCUGCUGGAAGGCAGACAGCAGCUUGGGCCCGUCUGCAGAAGGGGUUGCAGCAAAUUGAAAGAGGCGUUGUCUCUGCCAAGGAGCAGCAAUUCGUGGAGAAGCAACUCUUCAAGUUCGCUCAGCUGCUGGAGGUGCACCUCCUUUCUUCUUUGGAAGCCGUUAGCCUGCGGGCCGUAGCACUGCUUAUCUGCGGCCUCUGGGCUAAAGAAGGAGACAACCCCCUCGAUUUAUCAAGCUCCAAGCCUAAUGCCAGAGUCCAUCUGUUGCUGCGCCUUCUCCUCAACAUUUCUCUACAUUUGGGAACGGUUGUCUUUGUUGGCUUUACUAACACCAGGGGUGGUGUAGCUCCUGUCUUCGCACAUCCGAAGGAGGAAAUCAUUCACUUUUUGCGGUCUCGCAAGGCAUCUCGGUUGCAAGAGCAGGAGAAGGUUGCCCUGCUGGAGAGAGUCUUCGCAACAGUCCGUCCCUUAGAUGCCUCUAGCAUUGAAGUAGAACUUCGCUGUGCCUUUACGCAGCACCGCCCCACAUUACAGCGCAUCCUCAAUGCUGCAGCCUCCUGGUUGAUGGACGAGUUGGAGCUGAUUAGAGAAGAGGCGGUAGUGCGCACGCAGGGUCGGGGGGAUUUGGAGCACUACACGGAGAUUGUUACGGGUGUCUCGCUUGCUUCCCUGCGCCUCCUGCGGGAGAACGACAGCCCCUCGGCUUUCGCUGCUUCUGCUGUGGACUUGUAUUCCUUGAAAGGAGUCGGAGAGGAGGUUGCAGUGGCCACCGACUUUGAUGACACGUGCGUGUCCAGUGGGGGGUGGAGAAUAAAGGGGACGGGUACCUACUUGGGAGGAGUCGACCCCGCCUUCCCUCGGGGCACUGCCUACCCCGGCUUCGGAGCACUUCUUUAUUUGCUAUCCCAGGGAACCCGCAGGUGGAUCGGCAGCCAAAGGAGGCAGGUGCACGUGCAGCAGGUGCUGCUGCACCAGCAGCAACAGAAGCAACUACAACUGGUGCUGCCGGUCGUCUUGGCGUCAGCGAGGCCUUCAAUCCGUAUCGGCUUCCGACCCAAGAGCCUCUACCGUCAUAUUGCUGCAAUUUACCUCCGUGAAGCAGAACUGCUUGGAGUCAAAAGACCGCCAUCCACACCGAUUGUAACAUACGAAAACAGAGUCAAUCUAAUCAAGGCUGCCUUCACUGGGAAGAAGGGCCGCGGCCGUUCUAAAUUUACAGGGCUGCACAGGUUGCUACAAAAUGGGGCGAAAGCACCGGAAGGCUCUAAACCGCUGUUCCAUCCAGAGACAAGGAUGAUUUUCUUAGGAGACAGCUACGAACGGGACUUGGCCUCUGGAUUGUCUUUGGCUAUCACCAACCCAGAGCGCUACGUUGCCACUUUCUUACACCUCGUAUACGAUUCCGAACAGCGGCACUCUCCUGCAACAGUACCGUCCACCUUCCUGCAUAUUCCAUCAAACGCAACACAGCUGCCUCCUGGGGCCCUACCCUUCAUGCUGCCGGUAGCGUCUGCGAGUCCCGUGGGGGAUGUCGAACCUGCGAUAACUGCGGUGUCUGUACACUUCAAGGUGUCAGUCCCGAAAGGCACGUGGAAGAAACUUCUGCGCUCUCGCCGCUCUGCCUUUGCUGCUUCUACUGCUGCUGUGGCUGGUGCUCCUGAGGGUUUGAUGCUGCCGUGCGAGGCUCUAGACCCCACCACAGUGUGGGAUGUGUCAGCAGAGGUGGAAACAUUCAUAAAGCGCGUGCUGUCUGCAUACAGACACCGGUGGGUGCACGAGGGGCUCAGGGAUUUGUUGGAGACAGCCCCAUUGCCUCCACCUCCGAUUUUUACCAAGUGUUUAGGGGUUGUUCAAGGCAAAGGCCCUCUCAAGGUGGAAUUUCUAGACAGAAAAGGAGAAACUAGACUAAUACCUGCAGAUCUUGGCACCCCCGUUCUCCCCUACUCAACUACCCUUGGAGCUGUGCUGCUGGCAAGGGCUCUUGGAAUGCUCGAUGACUCCGAUCUAACGGAUUUCUCCGUACUCGUGGCUCGAGCAAUAAGGGGAUUGCACCCUCCUUCAUCUCCUCCUGCUGCCCGCGCUGCUAUCACUCUGGCCUAUGACGCUGCAGCAGCAGCUCGGCUGUUUCCCGUGCAAACUGCGGCCCUACUGGGAGUUGAACGGAUAAGGCGGCAGGCGCUUCUCAGUCCCUUGGGGCGGAAUCUGGAGAAGCAGCAGUGCGUGGCAGAGGUGACGCAGCAGUUGCUUGCGGCUCAGGGGGAGGCAGCAACAGCAGCAGAAGCGGCGGCGGCAGCAGCAGCAGCAACAGAAUCAGCAGGCGAGAACGGAAAAGCAGGUGAAUCCUCUGAUGUGUCUCUGUUUGCAAAUCGCGUCUGCAGCAUGAAGGAGACAGUCGCAAAUGCUUGCAUAGCCUCCCAACAAGAGCUUGAGCUCUUGGCAGCUAAUAUCGGGUUCCUCUCAAGCCGCUUGCUGAGCAGUGGGAAAUGUAUGCAGGAAACUCCUGCAGCGUCAGUCUCCAGCCCCACGAACAGAAGCAGCAGCAUCUUCGUUUCGUACCUCUUAACGCUCUGCCAGAGACAUCCGAACCAUAUGCAAGGGCUCCUUUCCUUUUCUCUGCGAAUGUAUUCAUGCAACGAUCCUUUGAGUUGGACUUCGCCCGCUCCUACCAAGGGCUUGCUAAUUUGUUUGUACGGGGUCCAAUAG